AUGCGUGCGCUCUCCUCGUUGAGCGCAUCCACAUCGCGCGUUGCAACAAAAGCGCAAAGACGAAGAGGACAAAAUUCAACAAUAAUGAGAGCGACGACGAAUGAGAACGAUGAUGAUGGAGACGGAAAGAGAGGAAACAACAGAGAUGGAAGGACAGGAAAGAAGGGGAAGGACAUCUCGCCGCUGUCUGAGUUGCAAAGAUUAUCAGAGGAGCAACCGCGAGAGUGGACGGAAAGUUACAACAAAAUCACUUUGGACGAUGAGGAGGAGGAGGAAGGAAGAGCGAAAAACAAAACCGACGAAGACGAGGACGACGAGGAUGAACCAAAAACGAAAUUAUUGAGUGGGGAGUGGUUAGAGAAUGAAAAAACCAGCGAAGCGACGGCACUGGCGAACGAAGCAUUGGUCAUGUUUGCUGCUUCUUUCGUACUCGGUCCUUUACUCGAUCAUCAACACUCUCGCUUUGACGUCUUGCACUACGCGCAUCCGGUGUAUUUAGAUAUGAACAUCAUCCUAGCUCCCAUUCUUCACAAUCCGCUGUCCGAGCAGUUUAUUAGCGUAUUCUCGGGUCCUAUUGGAUUCUUCUUCGUCGGCGAGUCUGGAACGAUCGAAACGGAUUGGUGGGUAGGACCACUUUUUGGCGUAGCUGGCAUAAUUAUGGGCUUAGGGACGACGACGCUGGAUUCGAUAUUUCUUAGAAAUGGCGUAACUUACAGCCAAUACGAACGAAAGCUUUGA